AUGAUCGGUAAUCUUCAGCUUACAUGGCCUUCAUAUGGGAUUGAGAAUGCAACAUAUGCGGGCAAAUCUUAUUUUAUAUUUCACACGUGCACUGUUGAUACAGGCCUAUUUAUCUUGUAUCACGCAUAUCAAGCUCACUCGGACGAAUUUCGCGCUCUUUUCACAUCUGACGCUCUUCAUAUUUAUACAGUUAUCCGUCGUACCUUUCAACUGGUCGAAACAGAAGGAUGGACUAUAGCUCGUCUGUAUUGGCUUACUGAACAUAAUCUUCUUACAAAUAAGCAUUCGAACGGCAAAUAUGACCUUAUGAAUACGAUGGAAGCAAUUGUCUUUCAAUUCGUCAAACCUAUGCAAACGUUUCCUAUUAAGUCUCAAUGUUCAUGUAAUGUUUGUCCGAAGCGAAUCCGUGAGCACACAAAUGUAGAUAUAUCACUGAUGAAAACCAAUGGAAAAUUCCUGAACUUCCUACCAUCUUUUGCCACCACAAGAGAACAUCCGUGCAGAGCAGAUCUUGGUAGUGUUAAACCGCGAAAAUAUCCUGAAAAAUAUUCCAUCGAUGAAAAAUUCCCAGUGGUGGAUAUAGCGACAAAUAUUACUCAUAUACAAAAACGUUACAUAUGCGAAGCUAAUCGAACAGUCGGCAAAGCAAAGUUUUUGCAUCAAUCACCAUUUGUUAUUGUUGACGUUGGAUUCGAUCCUGCAUUUGUGCGAGAUUUGCCAGACCCAUUGUAUAUUGGUGAACACACGUAUAACCUCUCCGCGGCUAUCAAUAAUACAAACCAACACUUCACAGCUAUGAUCAAAGCACAAGACGGCAGUUAUUACCAUUUUGAUGACACACAUCAUAAAGGAUGCAUCAGUCACGACGGUCGUAUUCUCGUCGAAUUAGCAUUAUAUGUACUUCAAAUGUAA